GUUUCUAUCCUGCUGAGUAAGUUUCUCAGGAACUAAACAGGACAGAAUUCUAUAAAAAGGAGUGUAGAUCAAAUAUCUCUCACUACUGUGUCAUGUAUUUCAUCAUAAAAGUAUGGAUUCUGCUGCUGACCUUUCCUACAAACUUUGCCAUACAAACUGAAGAUUUGGGGCCUGUGAUAUUACGUCGCCAGAAGAGGACGUGGGUUCUAGGUAGUAUUGAUAUCACUGAAGAAGAUGAGGGGCGCUUCCCCAAAGAUGCAGUCAAAAUACACCAUAUCAAGACAGCUGAAGAGAAACUAACAUUCAGGUUAAAAGGAAAUGGAACUGAGAAUGACUUGUUUUAUCUGGACGAAGGGAGAAAUAUAAUAAUGGUUUCACGCAAGAUUGAUCGUGAAAAAACUCCAGUAUUUAGGUUAUAUGUUAGUGCUUUCAGUGCAACUACACAUAAGAAAAUAGGUCAAGAUCUGAUGUAUGAAGUCCGGGUGAAAGACAUCAACGAUAAUUCACCAAUCUUCAAUCAAUCUAAAUACGAAGUAGAAAUACCAGAAAGUACACCUGUGGGUAAAGAAUUUCUCAGAGUUAAUGCCACAGAUGCAGAUGAGAUUAACAACCCCAACUCGCAAAUUUCGUACUUUUUCACAACUCAGAAAUUCUCAAGUUAUUUCCAAAUGAAUCUUUCAACUGGAGCAAUAAGUUUAAAAAAAUGUCUAAAUUAUACGAAGAUGAAAUCUUACACCCUCACUGUGAGUGCAAGGGACAAUGGUGUUCCUGUUCUUAGCAGUACUACAACAGUGCAGAUUAAUAUUUUGAAUGCAAACGAUUAUCUCCCAACUUUUAAAAGAACUGGCAAUUUUUUAGGUAAAGUUAAAGAAAAUGAUGACAAUGUGGUUGUACUCCGAGUAAGCGUUACUGACGAUGACGUUCCACAGACCCCAGCCUGGAGAGCUAAGUAUAAAAUAAUAGAAGGGAAUGAAAAUGGGAAUUACAAGAUUGAAACAGAUCCAAAGACAAAUGACGGCAUUCUAUCUCUAGUCAAGCAUUUAGAUUUUGAAAGUGGUUCUAAAGGAAAGCUGAAUAUCACUGUUGAAAAUGAGGAACCCUUUUACUUUUGUUCAGAAGUGGCUAAUAAACAAAUACCAGCCCCUGACAGUAUCUCUGUAGACAUCACUGUGGAAAAUAUCAAUGAUGCACCUGUGAUCCACCCUCCAGAGGUGACAAUUAGUCUAUUUGAAAAUAAAUUACCGGAUUAUGACCUGGUGAAGUUUGAGGCUACUGACCCAGAUAACUCUAAUCCUGAGAACAUCAGGUUCGCUAAGGCAUACGAUCCAGAAGAUUGGGUUACAAUAAAUGACAAAACUGGUGUUGUUAGAGCUUUACGUAAAAUGGAUCGUGAGUCUCCUUAUGUAAAUGAAAGUAUUUACAGCGUUAUUAUUCAUGCCGUUGAUGAUGCAACACCACCUUUAACAGGCACUGCUACUUUGAAUAUUAUGUUGAAUGAUGUCAAUGACAAUAAGCCCUAUUUGACCUCAACAUAUGAAAAAUUGUGCUAUAAUGGCGAAACUCAGUUUGUGACUCUUAAAGCAAAAGAUGACGACAUGAAUCCAUUUGGAGGGCCAUUUAAGUUUUCACUUCUGGAUAAUGAACCAAAUAUAAAGGAACUGUGGGAAUUGGAGUCAAAGACUGGUUAUUCAGUUAAUCUUUUAAGAAGAAAGGCAAUUCCAUUUGGAAACUACACCAUACCUUUAACUGUUCAAGAUAGACAGGGAUUGGUCCAAAGGAGCACAUUACAUAUAUGGGUCUGUUCCUGUCCUGAUGGAAAAAGAUGCCCUGAUCCUAAACCACCAACUGCUGCUUUGGGUGUUGCUGCUAUUGUCCUUCUGUUUGCAGCUUUUCUGCUUUUGUUAUUGGGUCUUUGUCUGAUUAUUUCCAUGAAAAGGAAAAGUCACUUCCCAUUCCCAGCUGAGUAUGCCUGUGGAUCAAUUAUGAAAUAUGACCAGGAGGGACCUCAUGUUGAUCUUAAAUUGUUGUCAGAUAAGCUGCCUUUGAAUGAAGAAGCAAAUUUGAACUACAGUGGUUCUGAAAAAGAUAAAGGGAUGACAGGAAGUAUGAUGAAGACUUUUCGACAAUACAGUGCAAAUGGUUCAAGAACCUGGAGUUAUAGGCAUGAUUCAGAGAUGACAGGAUGUACGAUGAGGACUUAUGGAAAAUACAACAUGAAUGAUUCAGGAAUCCGGAUUUAUAGGCAUGAUUCGGGGAUGACAGGAAAUAUGAAGGGGAAUUUCGGACAAUUCAUGAAUGAUUCCAGAUCUCAGACUUCUCAGUACAAUUCAGAUAACUUGGCAAUUCUAAUGAAUUUCACAGGAAAUUACAUAAAAAAGAAACUGAACGCUUACAAUGACAUGCAAACUUCAUGUGAAGAUGAUCAGCUCCAUGCUUACAACUAUGAAGGUGAAGAAGGCAGAAGAGGAUCUUUUGAUUCCAUCUCUGUUGGAAGUGAACAUGGAUACAGUUUUCUAGAUAAUUUGGACUCCAGGUUCACUGCACUGGCAAAAAUUUGUCAACAAAAUGGUCAAAAAUGACUUGCAGUUGAUGCUCCUUAGAUUUAAAUGUCUUCAAUCUCAGCUAAGAAACUCACUCAGCAAUUUUAAGAAAUUCAAUUACUAUUUUCAUUUUGUGUGGUUGUUUUGUCUUUUAAACAAUGUCAUUGUACCUACCUCUGCAGGUUCCUCUGGAAGUAAUUUCCAUACUACAUUCAUGCGACAUGCGGAGUCAAGGGAUAUGGGGAGAAGGCAGGAACGGGGUACUGAUUGUUGAUGAUCAGCCAUGAUCACAGUGAAUGGUGGUGCUGGCUCAAAGGGCCAAAUGGCCUACUCCUGCACCUAUUGUCCAUUGACUAUUACAUAAAUAUUGUGCAGUGACCAUCUUCAAAAAGCGAGUAUCUAGCCACCGAUCUUUAACAUUUAAUGACACUAUCAUUGCUGAUUUCCUAUUAUCAACAGCUUGAGGAAUCAACAUUGGUCAAAAACUUGACAGGACCUAGCAUACAAGUACCAUGGGGACAAAAAGCAGUUUAGAGACUUAGUACCUUUCAUUGAGAGACUCGCUUACCAAUACUGCUGGAUAUCAGAAUGUUUGAAAUUAGUAUCCCCAAACAACAGGGAUUGUUUGCAAGUGAAUGAGAAGAGUGAAAGGGAGUGUAAAUCUGAACUGUACAGCCAUGAAGUUGGCAGAAAUGCAUCGGUUUCUCACUUUACAACAUGCCCAGUCCCAUCUACUCAGCUACAGAACUUCAGUUUUAUUCUCUCUCAUUAUUUCACUGCAGCUUAAAACAUUUCAUCUCUGAUUUUUCUCAGUCCUGAUAAAAAGCCAUUAAUAUACACCAUUAGAUUUGUUCCUCUCCAUUCAGAUAUCGCCUGAGCUGUUGUGUAUUUCCCACAUUUUCAGUUUUAUUUGUAUCUGCAUUCCUCUGGUAAAACAAAUAAUUUCUAAUUACUUAUGAAGAAAGUUCAAGGCUCCAGAAGUAUGUGUUCUUGAGACAAAAUGCAUGUUUUAUCAGGAACUAACGUAAAGGUUAUUGGCAGAGUAGGAAGUCAAGUAACUCCAUCAGUAAAAGGUAGAGACAAGUACAGACUGAAUCUUUCUAUUGCCAGGAACCUGCAAUUUUAUGUGGAAAAAGAACACUUACUUGCCUCUCAUAAGAUAAAGCCAUUGUUAUUUUUUUAAUUGCAAAAAUAAAUUUUGUUCAUAAUGAAAAAUGUUUACAAAAGAAUAAAUGUUUUAUAUUCUUUA